UAUUAGCAAGCUUCUCUUCCUCCUGCUUGUUCCCAUAAUUUCUAUCUCAACUUGCAUGGCUGGAAAUGUAGGAAGCUAUAUAAUUCACAUGGAUAAAUCAGCCAUGCCCAUGACCUUCUCCAGUCACCAUGACUGGUACAUGUCAACACUUUCAUCCAUAUCCUCUCCAGAUGGUAGUCUUCCCACCCAUCUCUAUACCUAUAACCAUGUUUUGGAUGGCUUCAGUGCAGUGCUGUCCAAGGCGCACCUUGAUCAGCUGGAGAAGAUGCCGGGUCACCUGGCAACAUACCCAGAUAGCUUUGGAAAGCUACACACCACACACAGCCCAAAAUUUCUUGGUCUGGAGAAAAAUAGUGGCGCCUGGCCAGAAGGUAAGUUUGGUGAAGACAUGAUUAUUGGUAUACUUGACACUGGAGUAUGGCCAGAGAGUGAGAGUUUCAGGGAUAAGGGAAUGGGUCCGGUGCCAAAGAGAUGGAGAGGUGCCUGUGAAUCUGGGGUGGAAUUUAACUCUUCUUAUUGUAACCGGAAACUCAUUGGAGCUCGGUCUUUCAGUGAAGGGUUGAAGCGACGAGGCUUGAACGUAUCGGCGCCUCCCCAUGAUUAUGAUUCUCCCAGGGAUUUCCAUGGACAUGGGACUCACACAUCGUCUACGGCAGCUGGGAGUCCAGUACGAGGCGCCAAUUACUUUGGUUAUGCAGAGGGGACGGCUAUUGGCAUUUCACCCAAGGCUAGGCUUGCCAUGUACAAAGUGAUUUUCCUCAGUGACCUCACAGAUGCCGAUGCCGCUGCCUCUGACACAUUUGCCGGAAUGGACCAAGCCAUAGCCGACGGUGUAGAUCUCAUGUCACUGUCACUGGGGUUCGAAGAGACGACCUUCGAACAAAACCCAAUUGCAGUGGGAGCUUUCUCGGCCAUGGAAAAAGGGAUUUUUGUGUCAUGUUCAGCUGGAAACUCUGGCCCAGAUGCUUACACUAUGUUCAAUGGAGCUCCUUGGAUUACGACUAUUGGUGCUGGGACUAUUGAUCGAGAUUAUGCUGCUGAUGUCAAACUAGGUAAUGGCAUCUUUAGCGUCAGAGGAAAAUCUUUUUAUCCAGAAAACUUGCUAAUCUCUAACGUCUCUCUCUACUUCGGCUAUGGGAAUAGAAGCAAGGAACUCUGCGAAUACGGUGCUCUAGACCCUGAAGAUGUGGCGGGCAAAAUUGUGUUCUGCGACAUCCCUGAAUCAGGAGGAAUCCAGUCAUAUGAAGUGGGGGGAGUUGAAGCUGCAGGAGCCAUCUUCAGUUCAGACUCACAAAAUUCUUUCUGGCCCAGUGAUUUCGAUAUGCCAUAUGUGGCUGUAAGCCCCAAGGAUGGAGAUUUGGUGAAGGACUACAUAAUCAAGUCACAGAAUCCAGUAGUUGAUAUUAAGUUCCAGAUAACAGUGUUGGGCGCUAAACCAGCCCCUCAGGUGGCCGAGUUCUCAUCGCGAGGUCCUGGUAGUAGGGCUCCAAUGAUACUGAAGCCUGAUGUAUUGGCUCCUGGGGUGCAUAUUCUAGCUGCCUGGGCACCCCACAGACCAAUUCAACCUAUAAGAGAUGAGUAUUUGCUCUCUGAUUAUGGUCUCCUGUCUGGAACAUCUAUGGCAUCUCCCCAUGCAGUUGGGGUAGCCGCAUUACUUAAAGCAGCCCACCCAGAUUGGAGCCCAGCUGCUAUUCGUUCAGCAAUGAUGACAACAGCAUACCUGCUUGAUAACACUCAAGGACCAAUCAUGGAUAUGACCACUGGAGUUGCAGGGACUCCUCUCGAUUUUGGAGCAGGGCACAUAAACCCCAACAUGGCCAUGGAUCCUGGUCUAGUUUAUGAUAUAGAGGCCCAAGACUAUAUCAAUUUCCUGUGUGGAUUGAACUACACCAGCAAACAGAUUAAGAUCAUCACCAGGAGAUCAAAGUUCAGCUGUGAUCAAGCCAAUCUAGACCUAAAUUACCCUUCAUUUAUGGUCCUCCUCAACAAUACUAACACUACAAGCUACACCUUCAAGAGGGUGUUGACUAAUGUAGAGAAUACCUAUUCCGUUUAUCAAGCAAGUGUGAAGCAACCCUCAGGGAUGAAAGUUACCGUGCUGCCUUCUACAGUUUCGUUCACAGGAAGAUACAGCAAGGCUGAAUUCAACAUGACGGUCGAGAUCAAUCUGGGAGAUGCCGGACCACAGAGUGAUUAUAUUGGAAAUUACGGGUAUUUAACCUGGAGGGAGGUUAAUGGGACGCAUGUUGUGAGAAGUCCUAUUGUCUCUGCCGUUGCACCAUACAUCAGAACCUAACCAGCAAACGAUCAAUCAGCAUACAUGGAAAAUGGUUUGCUCAUGAUCUUGUGGAUCACUUGAUUGUUCAUUUCUUUUAGAAGAACAUAGACUUUCAUUUGCCUUAGCGGGCAACUUGAUUGAGAUAUGCAUGUCAGUUUGAUAGGAUUUUCAAAACAAAUGAAAAUUCUUUUGCUGGGAAGUUUUCCUUCUCAUCUACCUAGAGAGGGAAAUUGG